AACAAAUUCAGUUACAAAAAAUAAAAAAUAAAAAAAAUUCGCGCACAAGCAGGAACGCGUUUCAUACUUUUCAUUAUUCUCUCUCAGACUCCUCUCUCUCCUCUCUCACACCUGAUACCAGCGAAGUGCGAACGGCCGACUACCGAGAUUCGACUUCCGACGAAACGAGUGAGGGGCGCCGACCGCCAUAUCUGCGACGCUGCCUGAGAAUCGACUUCGCCAAAUCGCCAGACGCCAGUUCGCCUUCUUCGGCUUCGCGAAUCGCGACCCAUACAUCAAUUCGAAGCUUGCUGUUUACGUUUGAUCUGUUAGCUCGCUGGUGAUAGGAAAAGCUUGACAAAGUUGUUAUGGGGUAUGCACAACUAGUCAUUGGUCCUGCAGGAAGUGGGAAGUCAACUUACUGCUCUAGCUUGUACCAACACUGUGAAACCAUGCGUCGAACAAUUAGUAUUAUCAACCUUGAUCCUGCUGCUGAAAACUUUGACUAUCCUGUUGCUGUGGAUAUUAGAGAACUUAUUAAUUUGGAGGAUGUUAUGGAAGAAUUAGGACUGGGCCCUAAUGGUGGAUUGAUUUAUUGCAUGGAAGAACUUGAAGAUAAUCUUGAUGACUGGCUUACUGAAAAGCUAGAUGAUUUCUUGGACGAUGAUUAUUUGGUUUUCGAUUGUCCUGGACAAAUUGAACUCUUCUCUCAUGUCCCAGUCCUUAAGAACUUUGUGGAGCACUUGAAGCGUAAGAAUUUCAAUGUUUGUGUUGUUUAUUUACUCGAUUCACAGUUCAUGACAGAUAUUACCAAGUUUAUCAGUGGCUGCCUGUCGUCUCUCUCUGCCAUGGUCCAGCUUGAAGCACCCCAUGUUAAUAUUUUGUCAAAAAUGGACCUCGUGAAGAACAAGAAAGACCUUGAUGAUUUCUUGAACCCCGAACCCCAUAUGUUACUCUCACUUUUGAACCGUCAAAUGGCUCCGCAGUUUGAGAAGUUGAACAAAGCAUUGAUUGAUCUGGUAGACGAGUACAGCAUGGUGAGUUUCAUCCCUCUUGACUUAAGGAAGCAAAACAGCAUGCAGUAUAUAUUGUCACAGAUUGACAUGAGCAUUCAGUACGGAGAAGAUGCUGAUGUGAAGGUUAAAGAUUUUGAUGAUCCUGAUGCUGAUGAAUAGCUGCUUGUCGCUGUGCUCAUCAGGCAUGAUAACGCAUGUUAAUUCAACCUGACUAUUAGUAGAAACAAAACGAAUGUCUUGAGAGUUAGCCGAUUGUAAACCACCAUAUCCUUUUUUUUGUCUAGGUUUCCUGAAGAUUAAUUUCAUACAAACAGCAUCAUUAGUAUUGAAACUUGAGUAGUUAGUUAUCUGCAGUGAAGUAUUUUCAAAAGCCCUUUCGAGUCUUGUUGUUUUGUCAACUUAUAUUCAAUCAAUGAUAAGCUUUGCUUGAUGUGGUC